CCUCGAUCCACAAUAGCCCCAGUCUCUAUUGUCCUUGUAUUCACAAAUGGGAAAUGGGUAUUGUCACUGCUAACAGCUAUUGAGGAGGAUCACAGGACAAAGGGCAACCUCAUCGUGGAUGUUUUGCUAUUAACACAUUUUGCCUCUUCUGAUUUCUCCUGAACUCGAAAUCUCCAACAACCCACUUUGUUUUAUAUAUAUCCACCUCGUCCCCUGUUCUAACCCGUCAUCCAUCUUCAUCACCCCGAAAGAUUUCUCGAUAGUCAUGGCUUCAGCGCAAUACAUGCCCACGGCGGGCUGUGAGCAUCUCGAUGCCGACGCCACCAGCAAAAUCAGCGCCUUUCGCGACAACAGCAACAACCACCUCGACCCGGACUUUGCAACCUACUCGUGCGUCUCGUGCUCUCUCUCCGGCAGCUUCGCGGUGCUGAACAAGCACCUCUCCAAAACGGAGCAUGGGUUCGCCGUCUCUCACAAUUCCGUCUACUGCGGUCACUGCAAUGACCUGAUCUACGACCCGGCAUUGUUAGUCAGCAGCGGCAAAAGCAGCGCCAUCAGCAACAAGGUCAACGGGGUGAAGCGGAAAAUUACAGAAUCCAACGACGGCGAAGACGACUCCUAUCUAACAGCAAAUACCUCCCAACGACCGUGCGGCAGGACCGGUGUCCGCGGCUUGUUCAACCUGGGAGAGACUUGCUACAUGAACGCUGUGCUGCAGAUGAUGGUGCACAAUUCCCUACUGGCAAGCUAUUUCUUGGGAAUGGGCCACCCGAUUCACACCUGUCCGAUCUCCAAGGAGCCUGACAAGAAGGACAAGAACGAUUCCGACGACGAUGAUGACGAAGACGGGUCUGCGGAAGGUUCUCAGAAUAAGGAGCAGAAAACUUGCGUCGCGUGUGGAAUGACGGAGCUAUUUUCUGAUGUUACUAUGGUGGAUCAGCCUCUCCCUGCCCAUGCCGUCAACCUCUUAUUUGCUUCGUGGAAGAAUAUUCCGCAAAUGUCCGGCAAAGGCCAGCAAGACGCUCAAGAGUGGUUCAUCUGCAUUAUCGACCGCCUACACGAGGGUGUAGCCCAGUACGUUCCCUCUUCCGAAAACAAGUCCCACGCCACCAACCAGGCCAACGGGAUCGCCACACUGGAUAAGCAAUGCGUCUGCUUCUUCCACAAGGUCUUUUACGGGCGCUACAACAGCCAGAUCACCUGUGACACGUGUCACACCGUGUCGAGCAGAGAGGACGAGUUCUCGAGCAUCUCGCUAGAUUUCCAGAAACAGAUGAAGAAGCGGAAGAAGGGGGCCAAGGACGGCAGCACCAAAGAAUCCGCCUCGAAAGAAAAAGAUGCCGGUGGCGGCGGCGGCCACGAUGGAAGCAAAGACGACAAGGAAAACGCGAAGAAGGGCGACGGUACCAAAGCAUCUCACAAGGACAAGGCCGCGGACCUCAAAAUCACCAUCCCCACCGUCCAAGACUGUCUGCGCGCCUUCACGGCGCCCGAGCCCCUGUCGCCAGAGCAAUACAAGUGCAACAACUGCAACACGCGGCGGUCCGCCUCCAAGCAGACGCGCAUCCGGAAGCUGCCCGCCAUCCUCUGCGUGCACGUCAAGAGGUUCGGCAUGAAGCAGAUCGCCAGCGGGGUGUUUGGGCCCGAGAAAUACGAAGGCAAGAUCGACUUCAGCUUGCACCUCGACAUGGCCCCGUACACGACGCGGCCGCCCACCAAGGGUGCCACCGAAGCGGUGAAGAAAGACAAGAAAGACGGCGGCGAGGCCGAGAAAAAGGACAAGGACAAGGACAAGGACAAGGAGAAGGGCAAGGAGACCAAGAAUCCUUCCGCCCCGGCUUCUGCAAAAGCGGGUGCGAGUGCGGGUGCGAGAAAGGAGAGCGAGUUCAUGUACGACCUCGACUGCGUGGUCGUGCAUCAGGGCGAGCACGCCCAGAACGGCCAUUACUUUGCCUUCUGCCGCCAGGACAACAAGUGGUUCCGCUUCGACGACGAGAUUGUCAGUGCGACCACCACCGAGGACGUCUUGAGACAGGAGGCAUAUCUCCUUUUCUACAGCUUGCGCAGCCUUGAGAAGAUCUGAACGCCGGACGACGGGCGCGCGGGUUGUGCGUGUGCGGCUUGGUUGGAUAUUGGGCUCGCGGGCUGGGUUGCCGGCGUCGGUGCGGACAGGAAUAUGGAUGGGCAUGGCAAUCAAAUAAGGGGGGCGCUACCACCCAGGCCUAGAGCAUGAGUAGAAUGCACUUGUAAUUACAUCUCAGAUCUGCCUCCCUCGGGUGCCCUA